AUGUCCAAAGCCCGAAACAGCUCGAUAUAUAUCACUCCUGUUCCGGUACCAGUAACCGGAUCACUUCCUCUUUGGUCAUCCACUCCACGAUGCCUUUCCAGACACAUUCGCAACCAGGGACAAGAUAUGGGACACCGGUUCCCCAUCCUUUAUCCCACUCUCAGAGUUUUGAUACCGGACUCCAGCAACAGUACCAGCGUGCCAUCAGCGUCCAACCUCAAUAUCACAACCAGUUGUACGGGCAAGAUAGCAGCCCCUAUGGCCCUAUCCCCGAGCACUCCGGCGACGUCCCCACCGACACCGGCACGACAUGCCGAGUUGAUGAACAGCAACCACCGAAACUCUCCCCUCAGGAACCUGACUCGGAGCUCCAAGAUCGAGAAGAAGGCGCCAAGGAAAAAGAAGUCGUCAACGGAUUCGAAGAAGCUCGAGGGCAAAGUAGCAGCCCUACUGCUCGACAAGCCACUAAGCCAGCAAAAAGUUCCCGAAGACUUGGUGCUGACCAACAUGGAGGAAUACGUGAACCGAGGGAAGGACGUGCGACAACGGGAGGUGGAGAGCGGCAAGAACCCGGGCAAAGUCAAGCGGCCGAUGAACGCCUUCAUGCUGUACCGCAAGACGUACCAGGGCGUGGCCAAGGGCUGGGCGGACGAGCACAACCACCAGGUGGUGUCGCGGGUGUGCGGCAUGAGCUGGCCGAUGGAGCCGGAGCAGGUGCGGGAGCAGUUCAAGGCGUGGGCCGAGAAGGAGCGCGAGAACCACCAGCUGGCGUUCCCGGACUACAAGUUCACGCCCACCAAGCCGUCCAAGGCGCCCAAGUACAAGGACGGCAACGAGAGCGACUGCUCGGACCCCGAAUGGGACCCCACCGGCAGUAUCAGGUCGCGAGCCCUAACGCGCGCUCGCUCGCUGACAAGGGCAUCCAGCGAUGACUUUGACGAUCAUCCGCAGUAUGUCAUGGGCCGCUUGACCUAUCCGCCUUAUGGGGGGUACUCGGCGGGUAUGCAUAACACGAUGGCAGCCCUUGCCGGGCACCGGUCGGCCUUUGAGUAUUCCAACCCGGGCAAGGCCAUACCGGCGCCGUAUGAGCAUCACACCGGGGUGCUACGGGACGGGUCGUACUAUGAGGCGCAGGUGCACACGCCGCCGACGAGACAUCUUCAUCAUGGCAUGUCGGUUGAGGACAUUGUGAUGCGUAGGACGCCAUCGCCGACCAUGGCCUACUCUGGGGGACAUGCCCACGGGCUCUCUAUGUCCAACACUGGUGGUGCCCACGACUUGCUUCAGUACAGCCAGCCCAUGUUUACCGAUCACUUCACUGCCAGCCCGGCGAAGUAUGACCUCCCAACGCAGCAGUCACAGCUGUUGAAGCAGGAGCACUACGACCACCAACAUGAGCAGAAGUACGACCCGCAUCUGGAGCAAAAGUACCACCACCAUAGUCAUGACUCGCAGCACGAGCACAAGUACGACCCCCACCACCAUGAGCACAAGUACCAUAUGCUCGACGAACCGCGCAUCGACCCAUCGCUAGAGAAUGUGUACACGACCUCGGCCGGAGCAGGCAUUCACAGCAUGACUGGCAAUGACGGCGGCAGUGACAGCAAAAACAGCAUGACACAGGCGACCACCUCGUCGACGCAGAGCGCAUGGCAGCCCAACACAUUGGGAUCCUCCGGGGGAGCAGGGCCCAUGGCGUCGGGGGCUGAUAGCGACAACGGCAGUGGCAGCCAGUUUGUCGACAGCUCCUGGCUCGAGGACGAGCACAUGCGGGCGCUGAGCGGGGGUAACUGGCAUGUGGAAAGCGUGGACCCUCCGCUUCCGGACGGCAGCCACUUUGACACGAGCUGGAUGAUGGACCAGCCCGCUGUAGCUGACGCGGUCGUCAAGACGGAGCUGGUCAGCCACACGCCGUGA